GGGCUGACAGGGCUCAGAGAGGUGGUCCUGAGUCUGGAGACCGGCAGCUGGGACGGGGACGAGGAGGGGCAGAGGAGAGGGGGGCCGCGUUGGAGGCAGCCGUCAUCAGCCGAGCUCAGAGCGAGUGUCAGCUGGCGGAGCAGAGCAUGGUGGCAGAGCAGAGCAGCAGGACAGGGGGUUGCUGCUGGGCUUUGGCCAGGAGAGUCACACUGCGGAUCACACACCGAGCCGCAGAUAUGUUCGACAACUCCAACUACCCCUUCAACUGUUUCAACUACGAUGGGGACGGAUACCCUUCCUCCAGCACGGACGAGGAGAAGAAAAUGUGUCGGCCCGCAUACAGCUACAUAGCUCUGAUAGCCAUGGCCAUCCAGCAGAGCCCGGAGCAGCGGGUCACUCUGUCGGGCAUCUACGAGUUCAUCAUGAAGAGGUUCCCUUACUACCGCUCCAACCAGAGAGCCUGGCAGAACUCCAUCAGACACAACCUGUCCCUCAACAGCUGCUUCAUCAAGGUUCCUCGGACAGAGGGCAAUGAGAAGGGAAAGGGAAACUACUGGACUUUUGCCACCGGCUGUGAAUCCAUGCUCGACCUGUUUGAAAACGGCAAUUUUCGUCGACGCCGGCGCAGGAGGAACAUGAAGAUCGGCUUCCGUGACUCGGGAGAAACCCCCUUCCAUCCUCUGGAGAGCCACAGCAACCAGCACGUGCCAGCAGCCCGCCGCCCCGAGCCCGACUCCACCCUCUGCCCUUUGAACCCCGACAGGCCGAGGCCGGGCCCCCAGCAGAGCCACCUCGUCCCGAACCCCGUCCAGCAGGGGAAACCGGAGUCAGAGAUCAAGUUUAGCAUUGACUACAUCCUAUCCACCCCGGAUCCACCCCUGCCUGGGUUCAGAUCCUCCCACGGCCCCGUUCACAUAGGGCCCUCGGGGCCGCCCAUACAUGUCGUGGAGCCCCAACAUCUGAACCUGCACUUCUGGACUCUGUGAGAGGAGAGACUGGACUUAUUCCUUCACUGUCAGCUGUGUCCAACACUGGGAAGUACUGUGAGGACAUCCGAGGACAGAAGAAGGAAUUUUACUGACUUGAAAAUGUAAAUGAGGAGCAAAGUACAGAGGUACAGUAUGAUAUGAUGGGUUCUCUUCAAACUUAAAAAAAAAAGCAUCUUAAUGUGAAGAACACAAGAAAUAAUUCAUAUUGUCAUUAUCCUGUGUGUGUCCAGUGCUGACAUAGACUAGUUUACAGUAUUCUCUAUAUGUAUAUACACAGCAGCUGGAGUACAGGGGUGAUGCUUUACAGACCAGACGAGGUGAGACAAACCGUCUUCAGAACACAAGCUGAGAUGAUUUCCUUCUAAAAUAUAUAUUGUGCUCUGUCAUUCUUUAAGCCAGAAAAUACAGUCUGUCUGAUCUCAAUGUGACUUCUGUUGGAUUUAUUUCGGAACAGCGACAGAUUUGGAAAUGCCACUUCUCCUCUUUACUUUAGGUAAAUGUCAAGACAGCUGUUUCUGACGAGGAGUUCAGAUGGUGAAAGCUCUGUGUUUUUAAGACAUAUUUCAAUGGACACAUUAAAAAAGAUGAAUGCAGCUGAGCUUAAAAAAACUGUUUUGCAUCAGACUCUGUACAUACAUCUCCUGAGCAGCGGAGGGCCGACAUCCAAAUAAAGGAACAAUGAGGAAAACACAUUUCUGAGCGGAGGGAGACUUUUACUUUUCUAAAAAAUAGGAAACGGUGCCGACAGAAAAAGAGCUCAUUACCUGCCUUGUCAGUUUCCCCCAUUCUCUCACAGUCCAACACACAGAGGAGACGGAGGAGCUGCUCACAGCUGGAAAAAAAAAUAAAACAAACAGAGGCUAUCACAUCAUUUCCUGUUACUGUAAACAUUAGCAUGUGGUGAAGAAUCACACCAAACUUAUAAGAAUUAAUAUUUAAUUUUCUGUUUAUUUGCACUGAGGGAGGAAAGGGUUCUUCAGCAGCUAUGUUGUAAGUUAUUUUUGAACUACAAUAGGUUACUUCAAAGUAAAAUAACUUAUUACAUCUGAUGACUUUUCUAAAAAAUGGUAAAAGUUGGUUAAAGGUGCACUGUGUAGUUUGGGGGAAGGAAUUUGAAUCAGAAGAGAAAGAUCUUCACUGACUGAUUUUUUCUCAUGCAUAAACAAACUAAAUAAACAAACUCUCUUUGUUUUCAU